GGUAAUGUAUGCUGGGGACUCAGCACAAUUUGUGCACCGCCGGCGCCUGCUUCCUUCUUGGCUUUAUCCACUGAAGUCAGUGAAGGGUCUUUGAAUCCAGAGACUGCCUCCCGUCUCCUUUCACGUUUCAACCACUCACUCAUUAAAUUCGCCCACCACCACCGCCACCACCACCACCACCUCUCUUUCCCUCGGCUUCUGCCCAUCUCUCUCCGCCACCCCCAUCCAAUAUAAAGAUAAAAGAGGGUAAAAAGACCAACAAUCCGUCCUAUCUCUCUCUCUCUUCUGGUGUCCACACAUGGGAUACGUAAUCUCGUCUGUUGGCUCAGCAGUCCAUCGCAUUGGAACCUCUUCAUAAACACUAGAAGACACCCUUUCGCCUCUUCCCAAUUCCAUAUCCAACUCCUGCCUGAUUUUCUUUUCUCCCAGAAUCGGAAUCGGAGAACCCCGGCUGAGCUACUGUUAUCCAUUUGUUGGUGAACCGUACACCAUGUCUGAAAGCGGCUUCUCGAGGCUCUCAGAUGACGUUGUUCUCAACAUAUUCUUCAAACUUGAAGACGAUCCUCGGAACUGGGCCCGCCUCGCCUGCGUCUCCACUAAAUUCUCGUCUCUGAUCCGAAACGUGUGCUGUAAAUCUAAGUGCUCUCAGACCAUCCCCUCCGUUGUCAACGAUCUUCUGUCCACCUCUGCUUCCCCCUCCGCCGUCCCUCCUGGCGGCUGGGCUUCUCUUUACAAGCUAGCAGUCUGCUGCCCGGGUCUCCUCCAAGCUGGCGUCCUCUUGGAAAAUUCUGAUUUCGGGCUCGAACGUGAGCUUGGGCCAGACGAGAAUUACCAGGUCUCUGCGAUCUUCCGAUCAGCUGCUCCCUGCUCGAGCAACAGGGAUGUUAAUUCCGAUGUAACUGCUUCUGGGCCGGAUUGUUCUUGGUCUUUGUUUGAUGAUCUUCUGUUUGAUACUGUUUAUGAUGCUUCUGAAUCCUCCGAAGAACGGCCCGAACUGCCUGUGGAGCCCGAGAGAGGGGUGGUGAAACCUUCGUGUGACUUUCGUGGUCGUAAGAGGAGGAAAAUCUGUAGAUCUCUUAUGUCUCAUUUGGCUCAGGGGGUCUGGAACUUGAGCCGCGAGCAGGGGAAUAAAUUGCUUGCAAGUCGAUUCAAAGGGGAUUGCUUGUAUAUUUGUGAUUGGCCCGGUUGUGUCCACAUCGAAGAGAAGCGUAACUAUAUGCUUUUUCGAGGGAUUUUCAAGAACUUCAAGCAGUCAAGGGUUUGGAGGACGAUAAAUGAUGGCCACAGGAGCAAGAUUGAGCUGCAUUGCGCUUUCUGCUCUUGUAAACAGACGUGGGAUCUGCAUUCUGCGUUUUGUUUGCGGAGGUAUUUUGGCUAUCACGACGACGGCGAGCCAGUUGUUCGAGCUUAUGUGUGUGAGAAUGGUCAUGUUUCUGGGGCGUGGACUGAUUGGCCACUUUAUACUUGAAAUUCAGUACGCCUUGAUUGGUAAUGGAAUUAUUCUCUUGGGAAGGCUUGAAUUUAUUGCUUUGAUUACUUUUUUUUUUUUUACUCAAGUAGGGAAAGGAUUAGAUUCAAGAAGCUGUCAGGACCUCUAGUUUCUGAGUCUUCAGCCUUCGACACUAGAAGUUGCGUUCUAGUGUUUGUUGUAUUAUAGAAUAGUUUGAUUCCAAAGCAUGGUGUCAUCUUGCUACCACAUCUUCUAUUUUGUUGUUGAUGUUACUUUAUAUGAUCUUUUAUUUCCUUGUUGGCUGAAA